UACAACCACAUUCAGAAACAAACAAGAAAGCAGUAAGUAGACGCCUUAUCGUCCUAUUGGAAACCCCAAAUUGGAUGAGUUCGCUUCAAUUCCUCUUGGUCAGGUUUCCGAUGGUGAAUUUGAGACGGAGAUGAAGAUGGAUUGAACUUACCUAGUCAAUGCUGCGGGCCCACAAUGUUUGGGUGGUCUACUCGGUGGAAAACUAUUCGCUGCCAUCCGAGGUCCCUGGAAGUGCAGGCGAUUGUUUUUCGGUUCAAUGCCUAGAAACAUGAAGUUCCAUUUGUGGUGGCAUUGGUCUGUAGUACAGUGUUGAUUCUCCGAAGCAUCAGAAUUGAUUCCGAAACGAGGUCGAAGUAGACGGGAUGGAACGAAUGAGAUAAUAGCUAUCUACGCCAUGGAUCGACUUCAUUCUCAAGUUCGAUCCCAUCCGAUCCAAUCUACCAAUUUGAGACACUAAUCGUUUGUAUUCUGACUUUCUAUUUCCCCCUAAUUCUUUAUGUCAAUCGACUUAAUAUACGAAUGAUUCAUUGCAGCACAGAACGAUAAGGGAAUAACACGCAGCAAAGAUGAACAGUACGGCGACUGUUUCUACUAGAGCAAGACCGGAUGCUAUGAGCGGUACUAUGUCAGAACAAGAUUUCCAAACACCUGAUCGAAGCACAACAAAGGCGUUAUCUUCGGUUCCGGUAACAGGGCAUCCCGAAGAAAAGAAAGAUGAUACGAUCUCCGACGGAAAUAUCAAUACGAGGAAUGUCCAAUCUUCCGCUACUAUGGUAACACCGCUAGAUGCGUUUUCAACAGCAGCAGCUAGAAAAGAAGCAUCGGCCGCUGCAGCUGCACAUUUAGACAACAAACAGGUCAGAUUUGACAGCACGAAUGGUAGCAAGAACAACAGCAGCGCAAAAGCAAAGGCGAUAGAAGCAACAACACAUUCUACUGCUGGAUCGGACGAAGGGGAUUCGUCGUCCUCGUCCACUUCCUCCCCGUCGAGCGGAAAACGCGGCCUUGUAUCUCGCCGGGGUGGCCGAUGCGCAUCUCCAGGCCGCAGAAGCUUGCUGCCAUCGUCUUCCAACGGCGUGAAAGAGUCACCGGCUCUGGAGUUCCAGACGUUUCUCACUCCUGCACGAACGAGUAGCAGCAAUAGAAAUAAGGAGAAGAAGAGUGAGGAAGAAAGUAGCAGCGGUGAGACGAUCCCAUCGCAUUUUUCUGCGAAUAGUACCGAUCGAAAGGAAUCAGAUCGCGAGAACAAGAAUUAUCCUGCUGUUACCUCAACAGCAAAAGGUUCAAUACAGCAACAACAUGCGCGGCAUCAGCAACGUCAACAACCCAAACCAAAGUCGACUUCUGUGUCACUGCCUCAAAAGAAUACAACGGCGUCGUUUAGUAAAGCUGCGGCAUCUCGCAAGAAAAAUACCAGUGUUAGCUUUUCGCCUGUGCCACCCUCAAAGACGAACGGAGAUAGGGUGAGUCAAUGAUUGGCGUUCGUUUUGGUGACAUACGAUUUUUUUCUUUGCCUUCUUCAGUUUGCAGCUCGAUGAUUCUCACCAUCAUUUUCUUGUUGAUUGCAUACGGGAAUCAGUAUAUGAAAACACCCAUCAAGUCACCGACAGGAGGGCGAUUCACGAGCCUGCCGACAUUAGAUGACGAUACCUUGGGAUCUCCAGGUGCGAUAUUUCUUUCACCUACGCGCACUCCAAUUUACUUUGAUA